AUGGCGAUGCACGUAACUUCAGGAGUCCUGGGAACUGCUGCCCAGCUCCUAGCCUGUGAGGCUGGUGCCAAGUUCAUUGAGGUAUCUAAAGAGGCCCGGAAGCGGUUCCUGGGCCCCCUGCACCCCUCCUUCAACCUGGUAAAGAUCAUCCGCAGUUUCCUGCUGAAGGUUCUGCCUGCUGAUAGCCAUGAGCAUGCCAGUGGGCGCCUGGGCAUCUCCCUGACCCGCGUGUCGGACGGCGAGAAUGUCAUUAUAUCCCACUUCAACUCCAAGGACGAGCUCAUCCAGGCCAAUGUCUGCAGCGGUUUCAUCCCCGUGUACUGUGGGCUCAUCCCUCCCUCCCUCCAGGGGGUGGUGCUGCGAGAGAUGUGCAAGCAGGGCUACCGGGACGGCCUGCGCUUCCUGCAGCGGAACGGCCUUCUGAACCGACCCAACCCCUUGCUGGCGUUGCCUCCCGCCUGCCCCCACGGCCCAGAGGACGAGGACGAGGCCAUGGAGAGUGGCCAAGCGGUGGACCACUCACAGCCGCCCAGGGAAGAUCACAUCCUGGAGCACCUGCCCGUCCGACUCAAUGAGGCCCUGCUGGAGGCCUGCAUGGAGCCCACAGACCUGCUGACCACCCUCUCCAACAUGCUGCCCGUGCGUCUGGCCACUGCAAUGAUGGUGCCCUACACGCUGCCGCUGGAGAGCGCUCUGUCCUUCACCAUCCGCUUGCUGGAGUGGCUGCCCGACGUUCCCGAGGACAUCCGGUGGAUGAAGGAGCAGACGGGCAGCAUCUGCCAGUACCUGGUGAUGCGCGCCAAGAGGAAGCUGGGCAGGCACCUGUCCUCCAGGCUGCCGGAGCAGGUGGAGCUGCGCCGCGUCCAGUCGUUGCCCUCCGUGCCGCUGUCCUGCGCCACCUACAGCGAGGCACUGCCCGGCUGGAUGCGCAACAACCUGUCGCUGGGGGACGCGCUGGCCAAAUGGGAGGAGUGCCAGCGCCAGCUGCUGCUCGGCCUCUUCUGCACCAACGUGGCCUUCCCGCCCGAACCAGCUCCUCUCAGCUUUCAGGAUCCCACCUUCCUUAUCACCAGGUCUUCUCCACUGGCCCCUGAGAUUGCCCUCACCUCCAGCUCCCCCUCUCCCAAAGUCGGCAGCCCCUCCUAG